AUGGCAUCGUCGUCCGUCACGACCGUCAUCAACGGAAACGAGGUCCAGCUAGCCUCCCUCGAAACCGUCGAUUACAUCGGUGUUUUGAUCGGCCGGGAGGAGGAUAUCGCGAAAUUGUACACCGCCUGUCGCACCAAGGGCAUCUUCUGCCUCGACAUGAGAGACACGGCUUUGUUCUACCACGGAUACGGCUACCUCCAGCUAUUGAAGAAGAUGUACAAAUUUCACAAAGAGUAUUUCAACCAUCCAAUGGAAGUGAAACUAGAGAGCCUUGUUGGCCCUUCCAUCGAGAGUGGCUACCACAGCCAGCCAGACCGUGAAACCUUCGAAAUUCCCUUUGACAGCCUGGGCAUGUAUGCCCCGGGAAAAUUCCCCAAGCCUCUAGACGACGUGGCCGUCUAUGAGUUUAUGCACAUGUCGCAAGCCGUCAUGGAAAAGCUCAUAGAAAGCCUGUCUGCCUCUUUAUGUGAAGAGUUCCCCGAUAUACCUUCACCAAACACUCUCCAUAAUGAUCGAUACCCGUCAGCCUCCGGCUUGAAAAUGGAGAGCUUCCCCACUGUUGAUAAAAUCGUUCCUUCGUCCGAGCAGACAGACGGUGGCACCCUCACUUUGCGAUUGUGCAACACUCCGAUAAUAGAAAUUCAAGAUGAGGCCAAUCCUGACGGCUGGAGCCUUAUACAGCCACCAGAGGGACAUGCCAUUGUGAACGUGGGAAACUGCUUGGAGAAGCUAUCGGAUGGGAAGUUCAAAAGUGCUCCUUAUCGAAUUGGGCAGAUAGCGGAUGGUACUAUGGAUAGGAGGUGUAUUGUGUAUUCUCUGCGACCAGAGACGAAGUCGGGAGUAUACUGA